AUGGGUCGCACGAACGCUCGCAAGCGCGACGCCAUCACGGCCGACUUGUCAGAUUCGGAGAACGUCAACGCGAAGAACCCUCGCGCCACUCGCGCGUCCGUCAAGAAGUUCCUUGACCUCGAGGCGGUUGAGGCGGAGGACGACGACGGUUCAGCCGAGUCGGGCCUGUUCAACGACAGUGAUUCCGACUCUGAUGGCGAUGACUGUGACGUCCCCCUUGUUGUGGCCGGCAAGGAGGCCACUGCCCCUGGUGACCCGCCUGUCGCGCCCUCUGCCGUCACGGGUUCGAACGUGAACGAAUUGGACAUCUUUGGCGAGGCGAACCAGACCGCGCCUGCGCCUACAACCCCGCCGUCAAACCCAUCGUCUGCCGUGGAGAAGCCCGAAACCCCGGCAAACAAAGGGAAGGAUAAAGCGCCUGCCGUUCAGACCAACCUCGACAACACGGUCGUCGCGAAGAACAAGAUGCCGGACGUCGCGCCCGAGGACGCCGUACCCCCCAGGGCGUCAUUCACCAAGGCCGUCUUGAAGCGCUUCGACAACAUCUUCACGUACAAGUACGAGGACGAGUCCACAUUUUACCUCCGCACCAAACCAGCGGACCUCGUUUGGUCGUCUUCGAGAGUAAAGGGUUCCUACCUGCGCGUCAAGGACGACGUCCCACCCAUCAAGUUCUGGUCUCUCGGAGAUAUCAACUGGAACGGCCUGCUUCCCGAGAACGGCAGCUACCCGAACAAGGCCAAGCUCAGCAUCACGCCUCUUCGCGAGGGUGACCUCAUGCACAUCCGGAAACUGAUCGGAACUCACUCCAAGACCAAGAAACCGCUCGAGACGGAGAAGAUAUCCCAUAUCUCCGCACACAAGGAUAUGUCCGCCCGCGCUCGGGGCGUAGACGCGGCCGAGUCUAAACCCUUCGCCUACAUCUACGACGGUCGUCAGAUCUUCACGCCCGACAAAACCGACAUGCGCACGUUGGCACCGAACACCCUUGUCCGCGGUGACGUCGUACUCAUGGAGUUUACGGUCGCUCGUUACUGGGACGAGUCCGAGAACGGUCGCGUCAAGAACUGGGACAGUUCUCGCGUCUUCUUCCAGUUGGAGGCCGUCACCCUACUCGUCAACGCCGAAGAGCAGGCCGAGAUCACCGUCAAUGCUUCGAAGCCGAAGAAGAAGGUCGUGAUCUAA